UCUCGAGCAGUGGACACACCACACUCACGCCGUCCAACUAGAAUAAAUACAAAUCGCCAUGUGGGUGCCGAGAUUACUGGGUCGAACGACACUGAGUCAACUGAAGACCGUGAAUUCCGUCCAAUUUUGCCGACAAAUUAGUGCCAAGAUCGUCAAUGAAACGAAUAUAGAAGUUCAACCGGAUGUAGAAAGUAAACCUCUGACUUUCCCUGGUGUUUGGCUGAGGGAUAAUUGUAAGUGCGAAGAUUGCUACCAUGGAAGCUCCAAGUCGCGUAAGCUAGACUGGGAUAACUUUGAUACUCGGAUACGACCAGUCAGCUUGAGGACAGAUGAGGCAUCCAAGGAGGUAUUGGUAAAGUGGAGCGAUGACCACGAGAGCAGGUUUACCCUGGAGUGGCUAAAGAACCGAAGUUUCGAGAAUGCCAAACAGAGAGAAUACCUAAGGGAGUUCUAUAGACCCACGACCCAGCACUGGUCGGGUAAGGAGUUUCCAGAGGUUUACCAGCAUUUCAGCUAUGACGAGGUGAUGUCUCAGGAUUCAGUGCUGAUGAAAUGGCUUCAGGCUUUGGCUGUUUAUGGAGUGGCCUUACUACGUGGUGCUCCUCUCGAUGAGGGAGUGGUCCGACGACUGGCCGAGCGUGUGGGUUUCAUAAGGCGAACCACCUAUGGCGAGGAGUUUGUGGUCCAAGCUAAGCCUGGUGCCCAGAACUUUGCCUAUCUAUCCCUGCCACUGCCACUACACACGGAUCUGCCGUACUAUGAGUACAAGCCGAGUGUCAAUAUCCUGCACUGCGUCGUCCAAACGGACUCGCCGGGUGGCAGUAAUAUGCUGGUGGAUGGCUUCCACAUUGCUGAUAUCUUGAAACGUGAUCAUCCCGAGGAUUUCGAGCGACUCUGUCGGGUGGUGGUGGAUUGGAACGAUAUUGGGAGUGAAGAUGGCAGGGAGUUCCAUAAUAUUUGGAGGGCGCCAGUCAUUUGCCUGGAUGCCGAGGGUCGCUAUACACGGAUUAACCACAGUGUACCACAACGGGACAGUCACUUCAAUGUGCCGCUGGAGGAGGUCCUUCCAUGGUACGAAUCCUAUGCCCGUUUUGUCCGCCUGGCAAUCGCCGAUAGUCAUGCCUUCAAGACUCGACCCGGUGACGUCCUGACCUUUAACAACAUCCGCCUGCUCCACGGACGAACCGGCUACGAUGAUUCCGAGCAGAAUCCCCGCUACAUAGUUGGAGCCUAUCUGGACUGGGACAUUAUAUAUUCACGACUGCGGGUGCUGAAAAAGAAACAAUCAGGCUGGAGGGGAGGCCAAUAAAAGCCAACAACGAGAUGACAUAUUUUCCAAGCCAUUUGAUGUGCAAGCUUCUCAUUUGAAUAGUUACCCCCCGCCCAAAGCCCGACAGCGGAUUUUGGAGCGCCAACACAUAUGCUCCUGUAGUCAGAAUCCAAAAUCCUGCCGCCAGCAUACAGAAUCCUCCUAAUCCGGUUUAGCUUUGGGCGCCAAUUUCGGCAGUUAAACCAGCUCAAGCGCAAAAAUGAAAAGUUGUAAAAAAUCGCGAUGAUCCAGGCCCAGGCCCAGGCCCAGGCCAACAAAGAAAGAAAGAAAAUGUCACCAAGUUAGGGGGGAAAAUAAUGGACGGUGAUGUCUUGGCUUAUUUGCAUCAAGGCAUUGCCUGACAAAUCGUUUGUGAAAAUGAUUGACAUGGGGGAGUUAGGGCUUAUAUAGGGGAAGCGGGCGGGACAGAUUGGCCCAAACAGGUUGAGAGUGUCAAAAAAAAGGAAAACCCUCUUUUUAGUAAGAAUGAAAUAUUUAAUAAACCAACAUGUGCUUAGCACUUUCUUCCCGUGUAGUUAGCAUCCACUUUUCCCGCUGUGGAAAUCUCAGUUUGUAGAGUGUAGAGUGCAUUAACCUUAAAUAGCGCCCAAUAAGGGGCGUCGUUAAUCGCUCGACACGUGUUUCCAGGUCCUUGGAAAUACCAGCACCUCGGGAUCCUCGAGAAGUACCCUAACUGAAUGGGCCUGAAAGUACUUGAGGCAACCCGGAAACGUAGCCGUAAAAAGUGUAACCUUAACCGAAAGCCCCCCAAACAAAAUGAGAAUCUUACCCCAACGGCUGGAAAACUUCUAUGCCAAUUUCCUUUUAAAUAUUUUAUAGGGCCCCAUUAUGCCUACUUAUGUCUUGUUAUAGUAAUAAAAAAAAAUUUAAAAGUG